UAGACCAAUCAAUAACUCGUUUACAAAUGAACAUCCAAUAAUAAGUGGCGUUUGUUGUUGUGGCUCCAUUUUCGAAAUAGUGAAAUUGCGGAAGAAAAGGACAAUUUUAUUAAUUUAACAUGGACAGCAAGCUCCCAAGGGUGAGUAGGUUGAGGCCUCCAUCCUCUGUGAAUGCCACGCCCUGUCAGCAGAAGCCUGCCACACAAGCAGUCAAACGUAGCUGCAGUCCAGAGGAGGCCCCUUCUUCAAAGCGACAGAGGUUUUCUGGGGGUGAAAAUAAACCACCGGCAUCUGUUCCAAGGCCACAGAAGUUGAAACCAUCCCUUAGUUCUAGCAGUUUAAACACUACCACUGGAAGUUUGAAGUUGGGUACAAGCAGAAGUGGCUCAAAUAUCCGAAGUGGUGCUAUUACCAAGACUUCUUCUAUCAAGCCUCCUGCUGUCAAACCGCAAAAACCUGUAACUAUCAAACAUGCUGUUGGUGCAAGCGCGAGUCUUCCCCCGAACACUGGAAAUUCCUCUGCAGCGAAUGCUAAGACCAAGAGGCCGCCCUGGGAUCUCAAGGGCCGUCUACAGGAUAUGGAGGAAAAGCUGCGACAUCAGGAGGCUGAAAAAGGGGACUUCAUGCAUAAGAUGCGCCAGUGGCAGGAGCAGCAGGCCCAGCUGGAGCAACAGAACUCUCAGCUGUCGGGCACCGUGCAGCAGAAGGAACAGAGCUACUCUUCCGUUGUCCAUGACAACAGUCAACUUAAGAGCAAACUAAGGGAAACAGAGGAGGACUUGUAUAACAUUCGUAAGCAACUAGAGCGUGACACAGAAAACUUUGAAUUCACUAAGGCGUCGCUACGCCGACAGAAGGAGGCUCUAGAAGGGGAAUUGGCGGGGCUUCAACAGGAAGUGUCUGGUCUGAAGACCUCUGUGGCCCAGCUCACGGCCUCUCAGGCUGGGAUUAAGUCAGAGUUGGAGGCUACUAAGGUAGCUCUUGAGCAGGCAACACGUACAAUAUCAGAGCGUGAUGGAGAGAUUGGGGGUCACAAGAGCACGAUACAGAAACAUGAGGCCACCAUACAAGAGUACAUGGGCAAGUUCAGAGAGCAUGAGACUUUGCGAAGGAAACUACACAACACCAUACUGGAACUUAAGGGCAACAUCCGCGUGUUCUGUCGUGUGCGACCCCUGAUAGGGGAGGAGCUGUAUGGUAAUGAUGGAGAGAUACACUUUAUGAGCUUCCCAGACGAGGAACGCAGGGUCAUUGAGCUUGACAAGGUCGGGGAAGUCAGCCUCAGCGAGAGCACCAUUGGAGCCCACAGAAAAGCCAAUGGGAGACAGGAGUUCACUUUUGACCGGGUGUUUGCACCGGACACCACACAGGCGCAGGUUUUUGAAGAGAUCUCACAGCUUGUGCAGUCAGCGCUGGAUGGCUACAACGUGUGCAUCUUUGCAUACGGUCAGACUGGCAGCGGUAAGACGUACACGAUGGAGGGACCCUCUGUGGAGAACGUAGAGUCCAUGGGUAUGAUCUCCCGUGCAGUACUACAAAUCUUCUCAUCCACCAGGGAGCUGGAGGAUAAGGGAUGGCAGUACGAGUUCGAGGCAUCCUUCCUGGAGAUCUACAAUGAGUCGAUACGGGAUCUCCUUGGUAACCAUAGCGGUGAUGUGAAGCACGACAUCAAGGUGACCAAUGGCAGUGAGGUGAUGGUCACCAACCUCACCACCCAGGCCAUCACUUCAGAGGCACAGAUCACAACCCUGCUCAAGACGGCGUCCAAGAACCGCGCUGUGGGAGAGACCCAGUGCAAUGAGCGCUCCUCUAGAAGUCACAGCGUUUUCAGGCUGAAAAUCACUGGGGCCAAUGAGAUAACUGGAGAAUCCUGCAAAGCAACCCUCAGUCUGGUGGACCUGGCUGGUAGUGAGCGCUUGAAGGAGUCUGGGGCCACAGGGCAGCGUCUCAAGGAGACCCAGAACAUCAACUCCUCCCUCAGCCACCUCGGAAAGGUCAUCAUGGACCUCGGGAAAAAGGAGAGCCACAUCGGUUACAGGAACAGCAAGUUGACAUUCCUGCUGCAGAACAGUCUUGGGGGUAACAGCAAGACCCUCAUGUUUGUUAACGUGUCCCCAAGGGAAGAGAGCUUCUCAGAGACCAUCAGCUCGCUCAGAUUCGCUACCAUGGUGAACCAAUGUAAUAUUGGCACUGCUACAAAGAGGAUCAAAUGAACAUGCUAGUGGAUCAAAUGAACAUGCUAGUGGAUCAAAUGAACAUGCUAGUGGUUCAAAUGAACAUGCUAGUGGAUCAAAUGAACAUGCUAGUGGUUCAAAUGAACAUGCUAGUGGAGAAAUAUCACAGACCAAAUGCUUUUGUUUGCCUUUGUAUUAAAGGUGCUUUUAUGUAUACAGUUAUACUUUUUAAUCUGGGCUUGUAUUCAAUGCAAGAACAGUUUUAGGUGAAAUUUUGUUUUAUUAUUACCGGUAUAUAAUUUGUGCAAAUGUUGGACAUCUGUUUUAAUAAAGCAAGUGAGUUGCUUGUGUGUAGUUUAAGCAGCUUUGUGUAUGUAGUGAAGUAAAAACAAAUUUUGUAUGCACUUGGAUGAUGAUCAAAUGAUUGGGGGUAUAUUGAUUUUGGCCUGUCGGUCUGUCUGUCAUUGUAUGUGUGUGUGUCUGUCUGUCCCAAAACUUUAAUCUUGGUCAUAACUUUUGCAAUAUUGAAGAUAGCAACUUGAUAUUUGGCAUGCAUGUGUAUCUCAUGGAGCUGCACAUUUUGAGUGGUGAAAGGUCAAGGUCAUCCUUAAAGGUCAGGGUCAUCCUUCAAGGUCAAAAAACAAAUAAAAAAAUUCAAAGCAGCAUUAUCAUGAGGCUGCACAUAUUGAGUGGUGGAAGGUCAAGGUCAUCCUUCAAGGUCAAAGGUAAAAAAAAAUAUCAAAGCUGCGUUAUCAUGAAGCUGCACAUUUUGAGUGGUGUAGGUUCAAGGUCAAGGUAAUCCUUCAAGGUCAAACAAAAUAUAAUAAAAUUCAAAGCGGCGUUAUCAUGAAGCUGCACAUUAUGAGUGAUGGAAGUUCAAGGUCAAGAUCAUCCUUCAAGGUCAAAAAAAAUAUUUAAAAAAUUCAAAGCGGCGUUCUCAUGAAGCUGCACAUUUUGAGUGGUGGAAGUUCAUGGUCAUCCUUCAAGGUCAAAAAAUAAAACAUCCUUCAAGGUCAAAGGUCAAAAAAUAUAUAUUUCAAAGCGGCCUUCUCAUAAAGCUGCACAUUUUGAGUGGUGGAAGUUCAAGGUCAAGGUCAUCCCUCAAGGUCAAAGGUAAAAAAAAUAAUCAAAGCGACGCAAAAGGGGGCAUUGUGUUUCUGACAAACACAUUUCUUGUUGUUUUUUUUUCAAGCAUGGUUAAAAAACAAAUAUUUAUUUUUAUGUCCCCCACUAUAGUAGUGGGGGACAUAUUGUUUUUGCCCUGUCUGUUGGUCUGUUUGCGCCAACUUUAACAUUUUGCAAUAACUUUUGCUAUAUUGAAGAUAGCAACUUCAUAUUUGGCAUGCAUGUGUAUUUCAUGGAGAUGCACAUUUUGAGUGGUGAAAGGUCAAGGUCAGAGGUCAAAUAUAUGUGGCCAAAAUCGCUCAUUUUAUGAAUACUUUUGAAAUAUUGAAGAUAGCAUCAUGAUAUUUGGCAUGCAUGUGUAUCUCAUGGAGCUGCACAUUUUGAGUGGUGAAAGGUCAAGGUCCUCCUUUAAGGUCAGAGGUCAAAUAUAUGUGGCCCAAAUCGCUUAUUUUAUAAAUACUUUUGCAAUAUUGAAGAUAGCAACUUGAUAUUUGGCAUGCAUGUGCAUCUCAUGGACCUGCACAUUUUGAGUGGUGCAAGGUCAAGGUCAUCCUUCAAGGUCAGAGGUCAAAUAUAUGUGGCCCAAAUCGCUUAUUUUAUGAAUACUUUUGCAAUAUUGAAGAUAGCAACUUGAUAUUUGGCAUGCAUGUGUAUCUCAUGGAGCUGCACAUUUUGAGUGGUGAAAGGUCAAGGUCAUCCUUCACAAGGUCAUCCGUCAUCCUUCAAGGUCAAACAUCAUAUAGGGGGACAUUGUGUUUCACAAACACAUCUUGUUAUAAUUUUAUUUUUGAAAUACCGUCCAACCAUCCCACCCAAGAUUCCCCCCCCCCCCCCCCCUGGCGUUUUUGGAAGAUAAUGUAAUAAAUGACCACACCCUCACGCUAUACACCCCUCUCCACCUCUCCCUCCUUUGUUGUGAUUGAAAUUGAAAUAGGUCCCUACACCUUUAAAAAGAAAAAUAGAUGAGCGGUCUGCACCUGCAGGGCGGUGCUCUUGUCUAAAAUAGAGGCGCAGUAGGAGGCAUUGUGUUUCACAAACAUAGCUCUUGUUUUUUUAAAGAAAAAAGAAACUAAGAAUGCAUGAAUAGAAAGUAACAUGUUGGCCUUGUUUGCAGAACUUUGUUCUUUUAAUAUUUCUUCUGUUUUGUUAAACAAAAAUCUGUUGAUAUUGUUAUGGAAAUAUUAUCUUGAUCCUGUGAUUUCUCAUUAAGUACUCGAGCUAUGUUGAUGAAACUUGCUAUUGGGACAGAGAACCAUAAGGGAAAAAUACAUAAUAUUUCAGGUUUUUCAUUAGAGGCAAAAAUUGUGGUUGUUAUUGUUACCGAAAUAGUUGCCAACUCAAAUAUGCAUUCUGUCAUGACUAAAAAGUACUAAAGUUAUUAUAAUAAUACUUAUGGAGAUCCUGUUCUUCCCAUAGUACAUUAACCCAUUUAUGCCUAGUGAACUUUUCCAUCCUUCUAAAUUGAAUCAAUUUAUUUCCAAAGUUAGGGAUGUCUAGAAUAUUUAUUUCUAUAUUUAGAAUAUUUCUUACAGAAAUUCUUUUAAGCAAACAGUGCAGACCCGGAUGAGACGCCGAAUCAUGCCAAGGCCUUUUUUUCUAGACGCUAGGCAUAAAUGGGUUAACUAAUAAGUGAACUGCUGUUUUGUUUGCAUUCAACGAAGCUCUUUUAUCACAUUCUGAGGCCUGUUGGACUUUAUAUACUUAAUAAUGUUUCAAUGGGUGAAAGCUUUGAUAGAUCUCUGCUUGAAGAUUUUUGUUCUGUGGCAUAUGAAUACAAGUGGAGAGCAUGUGAUUAUUUUCAUUCAAAUAUAAACAUAUACAUUUUAUGUGUAGUUUUAGUUUUCAUUGGAAGCAAAUGCAUCUCUGGAGAAUGAUAAUUUCACAAAGUUUCGCAAGAGGUUAUUAUAUGAAUGUUUCAAUGUGGUAUUCAUUAUGUUUCACUAAGAAUUGCAAUUUUAUCUGUUGAUCUGACAGUAGACAGAUCCAGGUUUUUAAAGGGAGAGUAAAAAUUCACAAAUAUCACCAUGUACCUGUUAAAAAAUGACAAACAAAACUCUUGCAAUUUUUGAAGAGGUAAACACAGUAUUUUUAAAAGUGAUAAUUGGCUUAUAUUGCAAGUUAAUCUAAAUAUGAUUGACAUAAAUAGAAGCAUCAGUUGUAUGGAUACACCUGGUAAUUCGGUUACAAGUCUGUAGGAUUGGAAGAUUUGUUUACAUUUGUAUGUAAUGAGUAGGAAAAUACAUUUUGAAAAUGUACAAUGAAUAUGAGAUAAUCAUAAAAACAUUAGAUGUUUUAAAAUCCUUAAAGUAAUCGAAACAUAUUACAACAUGGAAGAAGCAUUCAUCUUUGGGGUCAUUGCAUUUCCAUGGUUACUCUUCAGAAGGCAGCAUCUUCUUUGUACAGUGUUCACAAUGAUUGUAUAUUGUUUUAUGUGUAUACUAGAUUGUAUUGAUUGCUGAUUUACCUGCGUCCUGUUGUCACUUGCUUAUGUAUGCAUAAAUAGUGUUAUUGUUGAUAUAAAUGUAUUUUCCAUAAUUGUUUAUAGGGUCCUUGACACACAUAUUUGUGUUCCAUUGUAGAUGAAUGUAGAUCUCCUUAUAGAAGACAGGGAAGUAUAGAAGUCACACUGUAUGUCAGUGCUAUUGUCUGGAUGUACAUUAUUAAGUUAUUGUCCCAGCUAUAACAUUGCCAUAUAUUAAUGAGUUAAAAAAAAAACAACUUGGAACAAAAGUUAACUGUCAUUAGACAAUGGUUUGCAUGUAACACCGGUCUCCCUACCUUAAAAUUCAAGGUCACAAUUAGAGGUCAAUGGUUAUAUUUAGCUAGGACAGUGUGAUACUCUGUCUCACUUGUAUCUUCCAAAUAUUGAGUAAAAAAUGUUUGAGACGAAAUGAUGUAAAGCCUUGCAAAAUAAUGUGUUGCUUUAACACCAAUCUUAUAAUCUCGCAGGUCAAGUUUGGUCAUAAAGCACGUGGAAUAUUCCUGUCUCAGUCAUAUGAAGCAUGUUGCAUAUAAAACCUUAUCUUCCUGUCUCUCUUCCUCAAAGGUCAAGUUCAAACAUGGAGGUAAAUGGUCGAAUAUGGCCAUUAAACACCUUGUCCAGACUUUAAUUUUGGCAUUCAUUAUGCAAUUUUCAAAUUAGAGACCAUCAGUGAUGGAGUGUUGAAUGUGUCACAAGUCUCCCUACCUUAUAGGUAAAGGUCAUAAUUAGGGUCAUUAAACAGCUUGUUUUUGACAUAAGCAGUGUUUUUAGACUUAAUUAUGAUGUAUGGACAUCUAUUUAUUUUGCGCUUUCAAACAAAGACUUUCAUCAAAUGAUAUAGUAAUAUUCUAUUGGAAUGAUUUUAUUUGAUAACAGAUCUUUAUAAGUAAUGAUUUAAAAUAACACUUUAAGGACUAUGCAACAAUAUGUAUAGAGAUGUGUUUUGUAUAUACUGGUAUAGAAUUGUUUUUAUGCAAUUUUUAAAUGGUUUAAUAUUUUAUUUGUUAUUGUACCUGCUGCAGUGACAAUUUUUAACAUGUAAAUCUGGCUGUGUAUUUAAUGUAUUUAAUGAAUAUGGUAACCAUUAUAUGGGUUAUGAAUUAAGAUUUCACAUAUGGGAUUUUUUUUAAAUAUUUGUUCAAAAUAAAUAUAAACAAUGUAGACAAUUAAACGAUGUAGCUUGCAUAAAAGAGAGUUUACAGUACAAGUGUGUGUUUUCUUAAGAAAGUAACAUUAUUUCAAAUAUUAGAGCCAUUGCUUCCAUAUCUUCACUUUCCUAUAAUGAUAAUUCAUCUUAAGUUUUUGUUUGGAGAAAAUGUCAAAUUGACAUCACAGUUGGUAUUUUAACUAAUAAGUUGUCAUUUAAUAUGUUAACGUACAGGACACAUCUUAAGUGCACAUAUACAGCCACAAUAAAGUAAAAUAAUGGCAGAAACAUGUACUUUUAACAACUGUGACAUAGCUUUUGUAUUUUCAACUGUGUUUUCUCUCUAUCAUAAUCCUAUUUGUGUCUAUUGUGUUUUUGUUUGUCUUAAGCAUGCCACUUUCUUUGUAUUUCUGCUUGUUUUACAAACUCAUCGUAUCUGUUAUCAGAAGUUUAGUCCACACUGGCUAAUUCUGGGACUAUUUUGACAAAAUCAAAUGCAUUAAUUAUGUUCUGAAGGAUCACCACAAUUUCUAGAUAAAUUUUGACAAUUAUUUCACUGAAUUCAACGUAGCUUUUAUGAUAAAGGCACCCGAGUAUACAUUUUUUGACGAGCUAACACAUUAAAAACAGUGUUAAAUUGUUAAAAUUGUAACAAAGACGACCAGGCAAGUUGUUUGUUUGAUUUUGUCAUUAAAUGUGUGAUGACAAACCUAUGUUUUUCUGCGGGAUAUUUUCAUUCCUGUAAAUGUUUCUGUCUUUGUGUUCUAUGUUAAGAAAGUGUGUUUAUAUUCAAAAUACAUCCACACGCAUUUAUAUAACCAUGAGUACGAGAAAUAAAUUUUAUUAUGC